AUGCCGACGAUAGACUUCCUCGCGUCCGACGACGAGCUCGACCACAGCGCCUCCUCUCGGCGCAGAAGCUCCAACCGCCACCACGACGACGAUGACAACGAUGACAUCGACAUCACCGCCUCCCUGCUCCCGUCCGAGCCCAUCCCAAGCAAGACCGCCAAGGCCAAGGGCAAGGGCAAGGGCAGCGCCGCCUCGUCGGCAGCAAGGCCCGCCAUGAUCGACUCCAUCGACGACGACGAGCACAACAACGACGCCGCCUUCAUCGCGUCCGUCAUGCAGGCCCAGAACGUAAAGGCGGGCGCAGAAGUGGCAAAGAAGGCCGUGGGCGGCAAGAACAAGGGCAAGAACAAGACGGCCAGCGGCGUCCUCUCGGGCGGUGGUAGCUUCCAGAGCAUGGGUCUCCACCCCUCGCUCCUCCGCUCCCUGCUCCUCCGCGGCUUCACCACGCCCACCCCCAUCCAGCGCCAGGCCAUCCCCGCCAUCCUCUCGCAGCCGCCGCGCGACGUCGUCGGAAUGGCCAGGACCGGAUCCGGAAAGACGCUCGCCUACCUCAUCCCCCUCAUCCAGCGCCUCAACGGCCGCCACUCGCGCUCGUUUGGCAUCAAGUCGAUCAUCUUCUGCCCGUCGCGAGAGCUGGCGCUCCAGAUCCUCAAGGUCGGCAAGGAGCUCGCGCGCGGCUGGAAAAGCGACCCGGGCGAGGGCCAGGACACCCGCGGCGAGGCCAUCCGCUGGGCCAUGAUCGUCGGAGGAGAGGGCAUGGACGAGCAGUUCGCCCUGAUGGCCAACAACCCCGACAUUGUCAUUGCCACCCCGGGCCGUCUGCUCCACCUCACCGUCGAGAUGAACCUCGACCUCAAGGCGGUCGAGUACGUCGUCUUCGAUGAGGCCGAUCGCCUCUUUGAGAUGGGCUUCGCCGAGCAGCUCGAGGAGAUGCUGCUCCGCCUGCCGCCCACCCGCCAGACGCUCCUGUUCAGCGCCACUCUGCCCAAGCAGCUCGUCGAAUUCGCCCGCGCAGGCCUCCAGGCCAACCCCAAGCUGGUCCGCCUCGACGCCGACAGCAAGAUCAGCGCAGAGCUCCGCAUGGCCUUCUUCAGCGUCAAGCCCUCGGAAAAGGAUGCCGCCCUCUUGGUGCUUCUUCGCGACGUUAUCGGAGUGCCCUACGGCGAGCAGGCCGACCGCGACGAGGAGGCCGAGGCGCUGGCCGCCGGACCCGACUCCGGCGACGAGGAAGGCGGCAAGAAGGGCUGGAAGAAGGGUCAGACCGGCGACCGGGGCGGCUACAAGAAGUUUGCCGGCAAGAAGCGCAAGCGACCCUCGCAGGCGGGCAACAUCCACCUGCUGCCGCACCAGACCAUCGUCUUUGCCGCCACCAAGCACCACGUCGAGUACCUGCUGCUCCUCUGCACCACUGCCGGCUUUGCCUGCUCGCACAUCUACUCGUCGCUCGACCAGGCCACGCGAGGCAUCCAGAUGUCGCGCUUCCGCCGCGGGCAGACGAGCCUGCUCAUCGUCACCGACGUGGCGGCCCGUGGUAUCGAUCUGCCCGUGCUGGAGCACGUCAUCAACUACGACUUCCCGCCGCAGCCGCGAACCUUUGUCCACCGUGUCGGACGAACCGCGCGAGCCGGACGCAAGGGUUUUGCCUACACGCUCUGCACCAACGCCGAGCUGCCGUACCUCUGCGACCUGCAGCUCUUCCUGGCGCGGCCCCUGGUAUCGUCGCACACCGCGGUUGGCGACGGCGGCGCCGACGCCGAGCCGAUCGACCUCCACGACCGCCUCACGCUCGGCACCAUCCCGCGCGAGAAGCUCGAUACCGAGACCGAGUACAUCGCCAGCAGCCUGACGUUCACCUCGUCGUCGACCGCCGUCGACUUCCCGCAGCUCAAGCAGGUCGCGGAGCGCGCUCAGGGCAAGUACGAGCGCUCCAUCACCAAGGCCAGCCAGGAGAGCUACCGCCGCGCAAAGGAGAUGGUCAAGGCCGGCGACGUCAAGCUCCAGCCGGGCGAGGUGCCCGAGUGGGCCUUGGCCGGCACGCCGAUGGAGGAGCUUGCCGUGCACGACGUCAUCCUGCGCCCGACGGCGUACGGUCUCAAGCCGCUCGCUGCGGCCGCCGCUCUUCCCAACGGGAUGGCCUCGGUGGCGGCCAUCACCGGAUCGAGCAGCGCCGCUGACGGCGACCCCGCGGCCAAGCCGGCUGCCAAGAGGCGCGACCUGGCCAAGGAAGCCUCGGAGGCCGCGGCUCGCGCCGCCCUGCUGGCCAAAGUCAACUCGUUCCGACCGGGCGAGACAAUCUUUGAGAUUGGCGCGAGGGGCGAAAGCACGCCGCUGUCGCAGCUCAUGAAGAGCCGACGACGCACGCUCGACGACAAGGCCAAGAAGAUUGACGCGGCCGAGGCGCGGAAGCGCGAUCUGCGUGGCGAAGACGAGCAGGCGGCGGCGGAAGUCAAGAGGCGGUCCAAGAAGAGGGCAGCCGCCGACGGCGCAGACGACGAGCAGCGCGGCGAUGCGCUCGAGCUCGAAGAGGCCGGCGAGGAGGAGAUCGAGGCGCUCUUUUCGCGCAAGUGGGGCUCUGGCAAGGUCGACGGCGGCGAUGACGAGGAUGUCGAGGACGUGGACGACGACGACAACGAGGCGGCCGGAUCCGACUCGGACGUCGACCUGCCCGCUCCGGCACGACGGAUCAAGUCGCUGCCGACGACCAAGGGCAAGGCCAAGCCGACGUCGUUCAAGGACCCGUCGUUCUACAUGUCCUACCACCACCCGGACUCGCAGCAGGAAAAGGGGUACAGCAUCAACGGCGGCGGCGGCGGCUCGUCGUCGUCGACGUCGUUCCUGCAGCAGGCGCGCUCGGCCGCGUACGACGUCGAGGGCGACGAUUCGACGUUUGGCACCCAGAUCCAGCGCCCGAAUGCGCAGCGGUGGGACACCAAGAAGAAGAAGUUCAUCCAGGGCGACGGCGUGGGCGCCGACAACAAAAAGAUGAUCCGCACCGAGAGCGGGCUGCGCCUUCCCGCCAGUUUCCGGAGCGGUCGGUUCGAGGAGUGGAAAAAGGAGAAGCGGAUCGACAUGCCCAAAGUGGGCGAGAUGGAGCGCGACCGCUCCUCGUUCCAACCGGGACCCUCUCGAUCCGGACCCGGGGGUGGUGGGGGGGCCGAUGGACAGCAGAGGUACCGGCACAAUUCGUAUACGGCGCCCAAGAAGCUCGAUCCGCUGGCCAAGAACUACCACAAGAAGCUCAAGGAGCGAUCUGGCGCCGAUGCUCGCGAUGGCGAAGAUGGGAAGAAGGUGGGGUGGAAGAAGCGCAAGGUCAACGAUGGGUCGAGGGCGAGGGACGAGAUCCGCAGCGCAAAGGACAUCUACAGGCAGAGAGAGGAGAAGAACAAGAGGAUGGAGAAGAAUGCUCGCCCGUCCAAGCGCGGUGGGGGCGGUGGUGGCAGGGGUGGAGGACGUGGAGGUGGAAGGGGAGGUGGACGCGGUGGCGGACGCGGCGGUGGCAGGGGAAGGAGGUGA